AAACCUUUGCUUUUGAUUUAAAAGCAUGCUAUUUACAUUUUGCACUAAGGUGAAAACUCUUUCUCCAUAUUACUUUAACUUAGCCAUUGAAACUCAGUUUCUUCAAGACUAUGGCUAUUCGGCUAGCAAUUCUGGGUACUUGAGAGUGGAGGUUGCUGUGCUACACCAAGUUUUGGUUGAUGAAGCAAAGAAGUUGAAAAGCCUUUUCCCACCAUGGGCGGAUGUAACUGCUGCUUGAAACCCUAAUUCCAUCUCGGUCGUCUCUCCCCAAAACCAUACAAACCUCACUCCGGCGGCGAAAGGAGCAACGAGAUCAGUCACCACCACGGUGAAGUGCUUGAGAGAGCCUGACAAUCCCAUCAAGUCCUGCAAGGCAAGGGGCUCUGAUCUCAGAGUUCACUUUAAGAUGGAUUGGCAAGGGCAGAAACUAGCAGAGCAGCUGAUGCAGAUAAUGCUGUUGGUAUCUGGUGUGGUUGCUUGCGCUACGGGUUACAUUUUGGGAUCGUUUCAGGUGAUGGUGUUGAUUUACGCUGGCGGCGUGGUGCUUACCACCUUGAUCACCAUUCCCAAUUGGCCUUUCUUCAAUCGCCAUCCGCUAAAGUGGCUGGAUCCGAGUGAAGUUGAAAAGCAUCCCAAACCACAACAGACUGUUAGUUCGAAGAAGAAGCCUGCUAAGAAGUAGGUUUCGUUUAUUGAUCUUGGGAUUUUGGCAUUUGCUUGGAUCUUUAAUUUGAUAGAUUUUACAUUUUAUAUGAGAUGCGGCGGAUACUCUAGUGUAUUCUGUUUUUGCUAAGAUAUAUGAACUUUGAAAUAACUAGAAGGAAUUUGUGCUUUAUUGGUUUUCAUUUUUAGUUAUUUGCUUUGUUUACUUAUGCAAGUAUAUUGUAUAUAUCUAGAAAUUUCUAUUUUGGCCCUUUUGGGGGAAAAGAGGGAGAGGUUCAGUAAUGUCUAAUACCUUGUUCAAUGGACCUUGGUCCAAGGCAUUGUGUCUUCGUACUUUUCAGUAGGAAACCGUUGAACCUGCCUUGUUCUUGCAAAUGCAGUCCUCAAAAUUUCUAGGGAUGACCUCAUAUAUCUCAAACAUAUCCCAAUUGCCGAGGAGUUCUCAUUUUUAUGCUUCUCAUCCACCACAUGAUGGGUUUAGAAGCCGGUGGUUGUAAUUUAGUUUUUGCAACACCAAUUUUAUUUUCCUCUUUUGGAGCUUCAAAGCGUAGUAGUGAAAUAGUGCGCGCUAGUAAAAUUUGGUCCAUUGUGUCUCUGUUUAAUUUGCCUUAUAAAGCACAAGACUAAUA